CAUCCUUCAUCAGAUAUUCUCCCUUGGUUGCGUUCCCUUAAACUCUUUAAACGAUUGCAACACUCGCGAACAUUAUCCCUGAAAAAGGACAAACAAGGAAAGAAAAAGAAACUGGUGGAAGUAUCGAGGAUCCUCGAAAAGGAGAAGCCUAAAAAAGUGGAAGUAAAGCCGACAAAGGCGGAAUUGGCUUUUCAAAAAAUGCGGGACAAAAUGCAAACCGAAAGGAUCAAGCAGAAAGCUUCCAAGACGCAUAAACAACGGGUGGAUGAGUUUAAUCGACAUCUGGACAGCUUGACGGAACACUUUGGCAUACCUAAAGUCAGCUGGACGAAAUAA